UGCAUCGUUACAGCGCCCUCUUUAGACGUAAUAUCUGUAUCUGCAAGAUGGCGGCCUCCAGUGAAAGAAAUGAACUGCAUGCCUCUGACAGUUCCAAUGCUGAUUUUGGCAAUAAGCAUCAAGAAAACAGUGACCCAAAACCAGCACAUGGGCUGCUGUCUUUUGUCAAAGGUUCUAUGUUUAUGGUGAGUGUUGCUGGCAUUGCAAUGAUAUCUGGAUUUGGUUUGACGAUGGCUGGAGCCAAGAGAAGACAUCCGGGCUCUUUCAGUAAGGGUAUUCUUCCCGAUCCAUCAGUAAGUCUUCAUGAGAGUGGAGCAUCAUUAGGAAUGCGUGCUUUACUCUGGGGUUCAUUGUUUGCUGUGACUGGCUUUGGCACAUUGACCUUUGCUGUAUGUAAAGUCAUGGGCGUUAAAUCAGUCGAGGAUUUCAAGACCAAAUUUCAGUCAGUUGCACCCAGAAUCAGGAGAAAUCCAGCCAGUGAACCAGAGGAGGUGACGCUGAGGAAGUUGAGACAAGAAAUUUUAGAGGAAGAGGUUAAAGAUACUUGAAAGCCUGAUGAGUGUCAACUGGUUCCUAUAUGUGAUACAGGCCAAGGAUAGGAGGAGAAGUCUGAGUGAUAAUUGAGAUAUGACGUACAUAUACUCACUCAAUUGUGUCUCGGUCAGGCUACAUUAUUUGUGACUCAGGUUAUCCAAUCAAAAUGAUUUAAUUGGCUCAAUGACUUUUACAAGUGUUUUCUGGUCUCCUAUAAUUAAUUGCUGUGUUCUGUAACCAGUGAGGCAAAGAGUACCCAAGGCCAAAGUGAAGAUGUCAUGUGAUCACAGAAUGUAUAGAAUUCACAGACUAUAUCAAAACACAAAUGUUUGGAUCUAUGUACAUGUACAGUGUUUUCAUGAAAUAUUUUUGCAGUACAAGUAAGUAGAGUGUUGAGGAAAUCAGUCAUUUCGUGGAUGCUUUGACAUUCCUGAGCAUUUCAAUUAUGGUUACCUACUCAUUGAGGUUUGUUUUUUAAUUGUGGAAAGUUGUGGGAACAAUAAUACUCAUGUGUAUAAAAAUUAAGGUCAAUCUAGGUAAUGUUUCCACUGAGGUGUGCAGUAAUUGGGAUCCAUCCUGUGGUUAAUACAAAAACCUCUGAAACAGAUCGUCUGAACAGAUCUGAACUACAUGUACAUGUAGUCAUAUUUUACCAUGUACAUGUUAUACCAAGGCAUGUGAGUUGAAUAUUUUGAAUGACUGUAUUUUUAAUAUUACACUUAAAAUAAAUCAAUGAAAAUGUUUUUGAAAA